AUGCCGUGUGAUGCGUCUGCGAUCCGUCUCUGCGUCUCUGUGCUGUCCAGGUCCCGUCUGUCUUGUGCUAUGCUUGUCUGUCACCUGCUGUGGCUCCGCCCACUGAAACAGGUGUGUCUCAUUCAGGCGGUUCAGACUGGACAAACACACGUCACCUCUCACUCCAAACACACACCGACAGCCAGAGCCGAGCGGAGGAGGGCACAUCCACACCGGACCGGCAGCAGCACUCUGCAGAACAUCCUGUUUCGACUCGGGGAACGAGAGAGCGCCACCUUCGCCUUUCCUUCCCGCACGUACCAGUUCAACUACCCAGACAGAUUCAGAGUGGCAUUUGUGGACGAGUUGCCCAAGGGUUCAUCUCAGUUUGACUUGCUCUGCAGUCACAUGCGUUUGGACCUGCGGGAGGUGAGGAAGGUGAUGCCCCAGAAUGCUGUCUUCAUCACGCUCUUGCGAGACCCAAUCAAGACCUUUGAGUCAGUCUUUGGGUACUACACCUCCACAGUCCCAGCGUUCUUUACUGCGCAUCGAGCCGCCUCAAGCGAAGGUAAAUCUGCACUCUCUGUGUUCCUGGACUCUCCGGAGAUCUUCUGGGACCCGAAGGAACCUAGAAAUGGUCUUGCCAAGAACCCAAUGAGCUUUGACAUAGGGCUCAACAACCAGAAGUGGAACGGCUCAUGGCCGGAGGACUUGGCACAACUGGAGGAAGAGUUUCACCUGGUGAUGAUCGCUGAGCACUUCAACGAGUCCCUGGUUCUCCUGGGGGCUCUUCUCAGACUGGAGCAUGAGGAUUUGGCUUACCUUCGGCUCAAUGUUUGUGCCGGCAACAGCGUGACAGUGCUGAACGAGAACAUGCAAGCAAAGGUGCGAUCGUGGAACGUGCUGGACACGCUCCUCUACGACUUCUUUGUGCAGGUGUUCUGGGAGAAGGCGGCUCAGUUCGGGAUGGAAAGGUUGAAAGCAGAGGUGUCUUUGCUAAUGGGACUCCAUCAACUCUUCACAGAACAAGUCUGGUGGAGUUGAAAUAAGAUGGACCAUUGCACCAUUAAAAUGCAAGUCCUGGAUAAAACCGGAUAACAACACUCUUUGCCCAAAUGGUGGUCUACAUCAGUGGUUCCCAACCUAUGUCCUGGAGAUCCCCAAACAAUACACAUUUGGGAUGUUUCUCUCAUCUGACACAACCAUUUCUUGGAGUUUUUAAUAUCAAACUGAUGAUCUGAAACAGGUGCUUCUCAUUAGGACAGUGGUGUCCAGUGAUCCUGCUCUCGGAGAGCCAAUGUUCUGCAGCGUUUAGCCAAAAACACAUCUACCUGGAAGUUUCCAGUGAUCCUGAAGAAUCUGAUUAGAGGUUCAGGUGUUUUAUUAAAGUUAGAGCUAAACGCAGGUCAGUGGCUCUAUAUGGAGAAGGACUGGACACCACUGUAUUAGGAAGACGUACAAAAUGUGCAGAGCUGAGGGUAAUUUAAGACAAGGAUUGGGAACCAUUGGUCUACAUCGAUGACCUAAACAUGAAACUGAUGAAGAAACAUAUUAACUUGCAUUUGCACAAAGAUCUGCACUGUGAUAACCAUUAGCUACCUGCAUUACUCUUACAGCCUUUGAUGUAAACCAUGGGUGUCCAAUUCUGCUGAGGGUCACUUUCCGGCUUCCUUCACAUGCAACUGGGAAUUUCCUACUGCCCGAUUUUUAAGACAGAAUUAUACGUUUGUUGCAUUUAACGGCUUUAUUGUUGAGAAGAAUAGGAAUCAUGGAGGACACCUGGUUCAUUCAUGCCUAUUUCUUGGGAAAAAGCUAAAAUAUUCUGAAGAGUUUCAAUGAAAAUCCUAAUUUUGAAUUAAAUGCCACGUCCCAUUCUUUGACAACCAUAUAAACGUUAACUGCACUAUUGUACACUUUA